AGGGCAAUGACUACUUACUGCUUACUAUGUCUGGCGUUAGUCUUAACAGGAGCUGUGGAGGCUGCUUCUAGUCCGGAUAACAGUAAGCUUCUCACUGUGCUAAACUCAAGUCUUCCGACGGUGGAACUGUUGCUGCAUAUAGGCGUCGUAGCUGCUGAGAGCGCUCCUUUAAGCACAACUGUAAGUCCGCGCAGUUUGGAGUCCAUUAUACGCGCUGAGGUCAAUGGCAGUUGGGAGCGGGGACGCUUGGUGCUACAACUAGCCAGCCAAGCGCGCACUCUGGAGCUAAAGCAUGCUAUAUACGAAGCUUUAUGGCAGGAGCUACAGCAAACCAAGCAAAUCUAUGAUCCCUUCAAGCUGAUGGAUUUUUAUGAGGAAUUGGCACGCUUGGGAAAUGUGCCGGCGACAUUAAUGAUGGAGGUCUAUCAAGUAUUUGUGUCCCGCAGUGCACAGUUGCUUUCGGCUCCAUUCCACACGCCCACUCGCAACGCACGCUUUCCAUUGCUAGUCGCAUUCUUUCAGCGUCUCACUUUAAGCACUUUGGACUAUCUACGAGAUAUACUCAAUGCGCUCUACGAUGCAGUGCUAACGUUGGAAUCUACUUUGAGCGUGGUGCAGCGUCUGGGCAACUUUAGUGGCGCCAGUCUGACGCAGUUAACCGUGGCAAACCUUCAGCUCAGCCAACGCGAGGAAUUAAAGUCCGACAAUGCUGCGGUGCAAGCAGCAUUGGAAUCCAAUCUGCGCCAGUUACUUGAGCAGCCGAACUUCCAGCAAGAUGUGGAGCAUUCCUGGCGCCAGCAGCUCUACACCAAGCUGCCCAAUGAUGAGCGUUUGCUAUACACAGCUCAGAAGGUGUGUCUGCGUAAUGUGACCAAUGACAAUGCCUAUAUCUACGAGUGUCCACAAACCUAUCUCAUCUGCACCAACGCACGCGAUCCCAAGAAAGCCGCCUAUUACGUACAGCGUGGUCAUGGCCGGAAUAACAACGUUCAGUUUGCUUUCUACAGCUCUUACUGGCGUAAUCGUUAUAUUCUGCAUGAGCCUAGCAAUCAAACUGCUCCGAAUGCUAUUAAGAAGAAUAUUUAUAGUCGUGAUGCUAUCGACUGGUGGUAUGUAGUGCCUGUGGCUGGUGGCGUGGCACUUUACGAUAACUCAUCGCUAUAUUUGCUUUGCGGUGGCGAUACCCAGCACUGGGAUGGUGAAGAGAAACAUGUUUACUCACGCAAUGCAGCGGAUUUAUAUACACAUCGGAAUGAGUGCGUCUGGAGCAUUGAGGAUUGCAGUGAUGUAGCCUGAAAAAGCAGGUAAAAA